AUGGGAUGCUUCCAAUCAAAACACAGAAUCCCCGACGAGGCCAAAAACAUCGAGGGGAAGGCCCUCCUUGUUACUGACUUGAUAGUGGACGAUAGCACAGCCUUAUUGUUGGACUACGACUCUGAGCUUGUGAAGGGCUUGCCACCGGUUUCCCCCACUAACCUGCUCUUGCUGGAUUACGCCCAAAGGAUGGCGGAGGAGAUUGUUGCCUUGGCGGUGCGGCAGUGGGAUGAGUUAGACAGACAGUAUAGAGACAUCCCUUACAUCGACUCUGACAUGACAUCAGCCGCUGAAACUUGA